AUGACAGCUGUCGGAACUGACGUGCGUCAACGAUGUUAUAAAUUUGUAGUGUUUUUGUCGAGAAAAACGUUCUUCAUGAGUGUUUUGAUAGAAAAAUCAAGUGAGAUGUGUGGCGGUUUAGCGGCGGAGCGCAAGUUAUCCACAACGCGGACAGCGGCGGGGUGCUUCGAGAAUUGUCCAAUGAGAAUGUCAAAGUUUGACAGGAGUCGUGUCAGUGGGGUUGGAACGUGCGCCAUGACUAAGCGCAAAAGAAAACAUCGGAACCUUUCUCUAUUGUCGCUCUCCGAGAAUACCGCUAAAGACUGCUGCCGCUGCUGUGAAAUAUUAGUACAUUAUCUCCGGGAGGUUUACAAAUUCAUUGUCUGCUGCGAAUCUAAUACGAGAAUCGUAAAAUUGUUUUAUAAGCUCUGCGAUAUAUCCGUAUGCGUUUGUAAGGAUUGUUAUGAAAUUUUUAAGGUUAUUGGUCGGGUUCUGUUCGUUUAUAAGAAAUGA